AUACAACGGGAGCCUCUACCAGGACAGUCGCUCCGCGAUUAGGACCGACAUCACGUUAUAGAAAAUCUCAUAACAAACAUUUCUCCUACAGAUUUUUUGAAAAAAUGCCGUUUUCCACUACUUUUUAUCCUCUGAAAGUCGCCAAUUUUUAUGAUUGACACCAUGAUAGUCCCGCUCUCGGCUUUUUGAAGUGCUCUUAAAAUAUGGGGCAAAAAUUUAUUUCCGUAGAUUUAAGCCACAAUUUAGUGGGUCAAAUUACGAAUUCGAUGACUCAAGGCGAAAAUUAGCUAGAUAUAAAGUACAUGAGCUGCCGAAAUUGAUCUGCUGCGGUCAAAAAGUAACGAAUUUCCGCGUGUUGCAGCUUUGUUUCUCUAAACAAUUUGAAAUCAGGCACAAUAUAAUGUAAUUUCCGGCACCAAAUUAAAAAAAAACUUUCAAAUGCGCAUAAAUGCAAAAUAUUCCCUCAGCAUUCUAAUCAUGGAUUCUAGUACAUACCUCAAUUUGAGAUGGAAUGCUAAACACGAUCUCUCGGGCACUUUGGCAACGCCGCCGCAAAACUCAACUAGGUUACGUCUCGAUGACACCAAAAACUACGGUUAUAAUCCGCCCUCAUCAUCGAAGUCACUCGCACAGAACAUACCCCAUAAGGGAUACUCGUCUUUAUCUAUGAUAAGGGAUAGAACAUAGGGUUUUGUGGUCACUCGUGUUUAUCUAUGAUCGAAGUCGGCGAAGCUUGUAAAUUAUCUGCAGAGCAUCAGAGGGUGGUAAUCUGUGGAGAUAAUUGCCUCAACGCGUGCAAAGUGCAGUAUUUACAAUGCCCGGCUGGUACUACGAUAAGAAGGAGUUGCGGAACACGCCGUCUGCCACCGCGGGGCUGGACUUCAAAACCGAAAUGCGAUAUCGAAAGGAAGGUGCUCGCUUCAUCAUCGACACUGGGAUGAAGAUGGACUUGGGGUACAACACGACAGCAACAGGCGUGGUGUAUUUCCAUCGCUUCUACAUGUUCCACUCGUUCCAACAGUUCCCACGAUACGUUACGGCCUGUUGCUGCCUGUUCCUGGCCGGGAAGGUAGAGGAGACGCCCAAGAAGUGCAAGGACAUCAUCAAGAUUGCCAGGACCUUGCUACCCGACCACAAAUUCACCACCUUUGGGUGCGAUCCCAAAGAAGAAGUGAUGACCCUGGAGCGGAUUCUGCUCCAGACCAUCAAGUUCGAUCUUCAGGUUGAGCAUCCUUACCAGUUUCUGCUCAAGUACGCUAAAUGUUUGAAAGGCGACAAGGCCAAGCUGCAGAAGAUGGUUCAGAUGGCAUGGACCUUUGUCAACGACAGCCUUUGCACUACGCUAUGCCUUCAGUGGGAACCCGAGAUUAUUGCAGUUGCGCUAAUGUAUCUCGCGGGUAAGCUUAGCAAAUUUGAAGUGAUGGAUUGGGUGGGGCGCAGUGCCAAGCACCUGCGAUGGUGGGACAUGUUUGUCGAAGACGUCACCAUGGAUCUCCUGGAGGACAUCUGCCAUCAGGUCCUAGACCUCUACUCGCAGCCGGCGGCCGCAAAAUCGCCGCCCGAAAGCCCCCCAUUGUCGGGCGAAAAGGCGCCGAUAUCGCCAAAAAAUGCCGCGAAUGGCAACGAGAGAACGCAAAUCUCGCCGGAACAGCCGCCGGUCCCUGCACUGCCACGGCUUCCACCACCUGCCGAUGUGCCCCAAUUUCCCUACCAGACCUUCACGCACGCACCGCCCCCACUGGCUUCGUAUGCCCCAGUGUCGUUUCCAGCACCGCCUGUCAAUACGCCGCCGCCCGCGCCCCCUCACAUCGCUGGCCCGCCACCCAACGUUUUUCCGCCCUACGUCAACCAUCCGCCGCCUUUUCCCGCAGUGGGGCCCCCACCGCCCUACUUCGGCAACGGCCUGCCGCCCUCACAAAGUCAGCAUCCUCAUCGACAGUACUUUCAACCUUCGUAAUAUUAAGAUUUAUCAAUAAAUUAGUAUCGUUGUU